AUACGCGUCGCUAUCCAGCACCAUGAAAGUCCAGGCGUUGAUCGUGUUCAUGUCGGCACUGACUGUCCCGUACGGAUCAACGACAACACUUCCCAAAGACACGGGAGCCCCCGCGCACACCCAUAUACCAGAUUUUGCACCGAUUGGAUUCAGAGUCUAUCCCAUAAUGGAACAAAGAGACGUUCACGAGCUCGACCCCUCUGAAGACGCGAGUCUUUGCUUCUUUCUGAAGGAGAAAGACGUGGAGAGCGAUGUUUCUUGCAAGCCCCGGUUAACACGCAGUAAGUUUAACUACAAUCCAUUUGGACUGAGGUUUGGAAAACGAGACCGACGUUUAAAAUCGGACAGUGACCGAUUGAGAACCAGCAGGCUGCUGCCACUUCUACUUUCUGCGAGAGACCUGGAGGAGGCGUCAUGAAGAGGCUGCUAAUUUUACGCAUCUUCACCUGGAUUUAUCAGCGGCCUCCCGGUCCUGAGCAACCACGCCACCACUGCCUAUUAAACCACGUGCAAUUGCCUAUGUUUCGGAAUGUUCUCGCGCAUUUAAUGAACAACCGUGUGUGACUUACGGUACGUCGUUUGUGUGUCGUUGUAUGUACAGUAAACGUUUUGUAUUGUU